GAGUAGGGACCCUUAUCAUUUCCCAUAUUGGAACCCUUCGCCUCUUUAACGAACGCAAAUAUUCACAAAACCCACCUUCACUAACUCGAGUUCUGGAGAGAGAUAAAGUAACAAUGGCGGCAACAGUGAGCGCAUGGGCUAAACCCGGCGGAUGGGCUUUGGAAGCGGAGGAAAAUGAGUCGGAGCUCCUACAAGAACACAAACAAGACUAUGUGAAUGAAAAUGCAAGCGGCGGAGGUGAUAAGGCGGAUUUUCCAUCCUUGGCGUCGUCGGCGGCGGCCACCAAGACCAAGAAGAAGAAGCUUCAAACUCUGUCCCUUCAGGAAUUCUCGACUUACAAGCCAUCUCAGACGACCGCCAACAAGGGACUAACCCCUGAUGAACUGUUGGCCCUUCCCACCGGCCCUCGCGAGCGCACCGGUGAGGAGCUUGAUCGUAAUAAGCUAGGCGGUGGCUUCAAAUCCUACGGCUCCUACAACGAACGGCCGUCGAGGGAUGAGCAGCCACGUCGCCAGGGAAGCUUUAAUAGGGACUCGAACGGGGAGUCUGGGCCUUCACGCGCUGACGAGACUGAUAAUUGGGCGGCGGGGAAGAAAUUAACGGCUGGUAAUGGAUUUGAGAGAAGGGAGAGAGGAGGGUUUUUCUCGGAUUCGCUGUCCCGGGCGGAUGAAUCUGAUAAUUGGGGUUCCAAUAAGUCUUUUAUGCCACCUGAACCUCAGAGAUACGAAAGGAGAGGGGGUUUUGGAUUGGAGUCCCAUAACGGUGGCGCAGAUGCAGAUAGUUGGGUAAAGAAAAAGGAAGAGGAGGGACGCAAAAUUGGUGGAGCAUUUGAUAAUUUAAGGGAGAGACGAGGGGGAAUUGAAACUAAUGGUGCAGAUUCUGAGGCAUGGGGGAGGAAAAGAGAGGAGGGGAGCAGUGGGAUUGGUGGCAGGCCGAGGUUAAAUUUGCAACCAAGAACAAUGCCCGUGGGUGAGGGGCAGAAAGGUGAGAAUGGGGUGAAGUCAAAGGGUAAUAACCCAUUCGGAGAGGCAAGGCCAAGGGAAGAUGUUUUGAAAGAGAAGGGACAAGAUUGGAAGGAAAUUGAGGAGAAGGUUGAGACUACGAAGAUUAAAGAGGUUGGAACUGGAUCCCCUGAUAGCCAGGCAGCUGGGAAGAGAAGUUUUUGGAAUGGUAAUGGGCGGGAGAGGUUGCAGAAGGAGGAGAGUACUUGGAGGAAGAUGGAGUCUGUUGAUUCUCAUCCACAGAGGUUGGUAAAUUAGGUUCUGAAAUUACAUGAAUUGUGAAAAAACUGUCGUUUGGUUAAGCAUUGAAUUAUUUGAAAUGUUAAUAGCUUGAUUGAAUUGGUUUCUUGGUUUACUUCUGUGAUUGUGGAAAUUACUUGUCCAGUUUUCCUUGAUGAAAUGCAUGAACAUGUUUAUGUGCUUGUUUUCUGCAUAUGGCAAAUGUCUCAAAAUUUACUAUUGUAGUAUAGCCCUAAGUGAAUCAAUUUGUUUUGGUUAUCCAAAUCAUUAGUUGGAAAAUAAGGCCAUAAAAAGACAGUAAAUUAUGCCCCCGUUUGGCCCCAUUAAUUUUGAUUAU